GGCCCUGGGCAGUUUGUGUGGUGCUUGUGGGUGUCUCGUCCUGGACAUAGAGUCCUCGAGACAGCCUGGAGUCCUCCUGAUCCUUGGCUCUCCCCAGCCCUGCCCGCCAAGUUCACAAAGAGCCUGAGGAAGGAAGAGGCCACGGAAGGGGCCACGGCCACGCUGCGCUGUGAGCUGAGCAAGGCGGUCCCCGUGGAGUGGAAGAAGGGGUCUGAGACCCUCAGAGCCGGGGACAGAGUGAGCCUGAGACAGGAUGGGACGGUGUGUGAGCUGGAGAUCCGUGACCUGGCCGUGGCAGAUGCCGGGGAGUACUCGUGUGUGUGCGGGCAGGAGAGAACGUCAGCCGCGGUGACCGUCAGGGCUGUGCCUGCCAAGUUCACAAAGAGCCUGAGGAAUGAAGAGGCCACAGAAGGGGCCACAGCCAUGCUGCGCUGUGAGCUGAGCAAGGUGGUCCCUGUGGAGUGGACGAAGGGCUCUGAGACCCUCAGAGCUGGGGCCAGAGUCAGCCUGAGGCAGGAUGGGACAGCAUGUGAGCUGGAGAUCUGUGGCCUGGCUGUGGAAGAUGCUGGGGAGUACUCGUGUGUGUGCGGGCAGGAAAGGACAUCAGCCACUUUGACCAUCCAGGCUGUGCCCACCAAGUUCACAAAGAGCCUGAGGAAGGAAGAGGCCACAGAAGGGGGCACAGCCAAGCUGUGCUGCAGGCUGAGCAAGGUGGCCCCUGUGGAGUGGAGAAAGGGGUCCGAGACCCUCAGAGCUGGGGACAGAGUCAGCCUGAGGCAGGACGGAAACAUGUGUGAGCUGGAGAUCCGUGGGGUGGCCAUGGAGGAUGCCGGGGAGUACUCAUGUGUGUGCGGGCAGGAGAGGACAUCGGCCAUGCUGACUGUCAGGGGUAAAGAUCAUGUGUGGCCACAUGGGCCAAUGUAUUGGUGACUGCAUGUUGUCCAU